CGCGGCGGCCAUUUUGUCUUAUCGGCUCCUGUUUAGCGGAGGCUUUUAGGCCGGGAGCGGGCCGGAGAGCUUGGCGACUGUGUCGCCGGCGUUUUCUUUGGUGGGUGCCAGGGGUGGUGGGAGCAGUCGCCCGAGGAAAGCACCAUGAUUUCGGCCGCGCAAUUGUUGGAUGAGUUAAUGGGCCGGGACCGAAACCUCGCCCCGGAUGAGAAGCGCAGCAACGUGCGGUGGGACCACGAGAGCGUUUGUAAAUAUUAUCUCUGUGGUUUUUGUCCUGCGGAAUUGUUCACAAACACUCGUUCUGAUCUUGGGCCUUGUGAAAAAAUUCAUGAUGAAAAUCUGCGAAAACAGUAUGAGAAGAGUUCUCGUUUUAUGAAAGUUGGCUAUGAGAGAGAUUUUCUGCGAUACUUACAGAGCUUACUUGCAGAAGUAGAGCGUAGAAUUAGACGAGGCCAUGCUCGUUUGGCAUUAUCUCAAAACCAGCAGUCAUCUGGGGCAGCUGGUCCAACAGGCAAAAAUGAAGAAAAAAUUCAGGUUCUAACAGAUAAAAUCGAUGUACUCCUGCAGCAGAUUGAAGAAUUAGGAUCUGAAGGAAAAGUAGAAGAAGCCCAGGGAAUGAUGAAAUUAGUUGAACAGUUAAAAGAAGAGAGAGAAUUGCUUAGGUCCACAACUUCGACAAUUGAAAGUUUUGCCGCCCAAGAAAAACAAAUGGAAGUUUGUGAAGUGUGUGGAGCCUUUUUGAUAGUGGGAGAUGCCCAGUCCCGGGUAGAUGACCAUUUGAUGGGAAAACAGCACAUGGGCUAUGCCAAAAUUAAAGCUACUGUAGAAGAAUUAAAAGAAAAAUUAAGAAAAAGAACUGAAGAACCUGAUCGUGAUGAGCGUUUAAAAAAGGAGAAACAGGAACGAGAAGAAAGAGAAAAAGAAAGGGAGAGAGAAAGGGAAGAAAGAGAGAGGAAAAGACGAAGAGAAGAGGAAGAAAGAGAAAAAGAAAGGGCUCGAGACAGAGAAAGAAGAAAGAGGAGUCGAUCAAGGAGUCGUCACUCAAGCCGAACUUCUGACCGAAGAUGCAGCAGGUCUCGGGACCACAAAAGAUCACGAAGUAGAGAAAGAAGGCGAAGCAGAAGCAGAGAUCGACGAAGAAGCAGAAGCCAUGAUAGAUCAGAAAGAAAGCAUAGAUCUCGUAGUCGGGAUCGAAGAAGAUCAAAAAGCCGAGAUCGAAAGUCAUAUAAGCACAGGAGCAAAAGUCGGGACAGAGAACAAGAUAGAAAAUCCAAGGAGAAAGAAAAGAGGGGAUCUGAUGAUAAAAAAAGUAGUGUGAAGUCCAGUAGUCGAGAAAAACAGAGUGAAGACACAAACACUGAAUCAAAGGAAGGUGAUACUAAGAAUGAGGUCAAUGGGACCAGUGAAGACAUUAAAUCUGAAGUGCAGCGUAAGUAUGCACAGAUGAAGAUGGAACUAAGCCGAGUAAGAAGACAUACAAAAGCAUCUUCUGAAGGAAAAGACAGUGUAGUCCUGCAAAACAUUUUGAGUUUGUUCUGUAACUCGAGAGCCAGUAGCAUUGGAUUGAUGGAAGUGUAGGGUUUAUGAAUUAUUGCAGCUGACUACCAUACCUCACACAGCGUUGGUGUUGUGAGCGGCCCAUGAAAAGCCAAAUUAAAAAUCAAGGAUUCAGUCAAACUAAGCAGGUACUCAUGCCAGGUACUCCUUUCUCUACCCACAUCCAUGUUUGAAUGCUAUUGCCUGUGAUCUUUACGCUUAACUGUUGUGUAUCUUUUUUGUUCUUUACAAGAAGCACAGAGGGGUUUUUUGUAUAUUGCGUGAAAACUUAAAUGUUAACAGAAUGGAAUUUUUUUUCAACUGUGUGUAGGGAUGCAGUGGUGCCCAGAAUUAGAUAUCUUUAAAGAAUUUUAAAUACAAUAAACACUUCAUAUUAUUCGCCUUGUUACAUUCAAUGCAAUUCUCAAGUCUUUAAGAGGUAUGUGUUUAAUAUUUCCUACUGUGUAGGAGAAUUUGCAGUCAGCCAUAGGUAUAAUAGGAAUAAUCACUGGCUGAUACAUUUAAAGCAGCAGUGAAUAGCAAGGACAGCCACCUUCAAACUGUGAAAUACAAAGAACUGAUGAACCAUAUAGAAUGAAUUUGGGUUUUUAAAGAACUAUUAAAAGUCAGGCUUUACAAGAGUUCUUAAAACCUGUAAACUGUUCAUUCUUUGGGCUAGUGGCAUGGGAUUAAAUAUUCCUAAUGAAAGGAAGUACCAAUUAGUUGAUUUGUCGGUGACAUUCCUUUUCUAGGACAGCAAUAUAGUGUUAAAUUUGUGUGAGCCAUUCACACAUAGGCAGGCAUACACAGGCAUAUGGCUUUAAGAGACCACACUGAUGCCUUGAUAAUUUAAAAGAAUACAAACAUUCCAUAUACAUAUAUUAAUUAGCAGUUAAUGACUGGGCCACUUAGUCAUAAAAAUUUGCCUUUUACAUGUUGUCUAAUUAUCAUUUUUCCCCAAAUUUUGCCUUGUAGGAAUACUGUUCGAAGAUUUUUGGAAGAAAACUGAAAACGGCAUAAAGUGAAGAUCGACAUUAAAAUGAGGUGAAAGAAAACUAUAGUGGCAUAGAAAAAGUAUAAAGCUCAGUUAGUUAUUUUUGUUUUUUUUUAUUAAAAAUUAAUUCAGGACUGAUGUGACCUACCAGAUUUCAGAACAUGUAUUAAUAGCAUAUAUAUGCCACUGAAAACUUAGGUCCUGUAUCAUAUUUUUUCUUUAAGACUUUUUAAGAAAUAUUACCUAAAUAUGUGGCUUGCUUAGUGUUUAAUUGCAAGUUUUCAUUCUUGGACUUUGAAAACGAGAUUAAACGUUAGUAUUUGUGUGAAUCAGACUAAGUGGGAUUCCAUUUUUACAACUCUGCUAUACCUAGCCUUUGGAUUUAGAAGUGAAAAUAAAGUAUCUCUGACUUUCUGUUA